AUGAUAGCGUACGUGGACUGUCUGUCCCCUGAGCUGGUGGGGGGAGGCGGCGUGAGGGUGGGUGCUCGAUGCUGGAAAGGUGGGUACAGCGAGGAUGAGGAUGAGUUGCUUCCUCUCUGCUCGAAAGAUGUCCGAAAGAUGCCCUCCCUGCAGCCCAAGAACGAGGGCAGUUUGAGACGUCGUCUGCUCACCUCCAAGAUCCACCAGCAACGAGACGGAUUGUGGGCUCCCAGGCCUCUUGCCCAGGGUCUCCCAGACAACCAAGGCCUCCAGGGGACGCUACACAGACAGGACUACCCUGGCCCCCAGCCCCAGGCCAAACCCAGCCCCUCUGGCCUUAUGAUCCACCACCUAGCAGGCUACUCGUCACAAGGCUCCCAGCAACAUAGGCACAACGCAGGAGCAGCCAGCUGCAGCCGCACUUCAACCCCAGGCUACCCCAACUCUAACCCAGGAUACUGUAACCCAGGAUACUGUAACCCAGGAUACUGUAACCCAGGAUACUGUAACACAGCCUACACCACAAGGCCCAGCAGCAGCUCUAACCCAGGACACCACAACACUGCACAAGGACCCAGCAACCCUUCCCCAGGACAGGGUUACGACUCUACCUCCUCCACACCAGGACCCAGCUACAGCUCUACCUUAGGGUUAGCUCCCCAGCCCCAGCCCCAGCCCCAGCCCCAGCCCAGCCUCCACUCUAACCUGCCCCAGCAGAGAAAGAGCUUCUCUCCCUUCAACCUGCUCAGACGGCGCAGCUACAACUCCAGCCAGAUCCCCUUCUCACAUACCCCCCAAAGCCAAGACUGGAGAGCUGUCAGUCUGGACGAGGACAGGAAGUGGUCAGUACACUACACUUCCCAGAAUCCUCAGCAGGAGACACGGCCGUCCUGUGGGGACGACCUCUGCACUGUUCUCAGAGGUAAGAGGUCAGGGGUGAGGGCUCAUGGUAAGAGUCCUAGCCUAUCAGAGGACAGGCUGCUUGAUGACAAGCCCAGGAAGGACAGAAGACGGAAAAAGAGGUCCAAGCUGCUGGACUAUCUGUCUCAGUCCUGCUUCUCUGUCUGCUGGAGGAGAAAGUCUACAGCGGCAUCCCCAGACGAGGACCUCUUUGCAUAUUCGUUCCGGCCGCCGCCGAGCCCCCCGUUGAACUUUUACGAAGACAUUGAUGACACAGUUAAUGGGGGUGACAUCAUGACUAAUGUCUGUGAUCUCACAGUCGCCGAAGAAACGGAAUGGUCCAAGCCCCUCCCCCUGCCGACACCAGAGGAGAAGAUGAGGCAGCAGGCGCAGGCCAUCGCCGCUGACAUAGUACCCAUUAACAUCACUGGUGAAAGUUUUGAGCGCCAGGCCAGUUUCCGGCGGGCGUUAGCCAACACAGACAGUCUGAUCCGUCAUCCCCGGAACAAACUCACACGCCGCAAGACCAUCACAGGGAUACCUGAUGACGUCCCCAGAGAUCUGGAACAUGAAGCUGAUGAAGAGCCAGGGUGUAGUGGAACAGUGGUUCAGCCUGGUCAGUACUCUACUUUGGGCCGGAUCGGCAUUGUCAACACAGCCCUGCUACAGAGCACUAUCAUACGGCGCUCACACACCCAGUCACACACGCCCUCAUAUGCCCCAGAGGCCGGCCAGACGGGGGACGAGAGAAGAGAGGAGGGAAGGUUGGACGAGGAGAGCGUGGUGGAUAAGAGAGAGGAGGAGGAAAGGAGGGAGGAGAGGAGAGUGGUGAAGUCAUCAGUGUGUCGGAUCCAGGCCCAGAGAGGACAGGGCAUCUCUUCUCUGAUGGCUUCUCUCACCCCGACCCUCAACCCUAACCCCACCUUUACUCCUAACUCUCACCCUAGCCUCACUCUUAACUCUAACCCUUCCCUUAAGAUUCAACCUCACCCAAGCCUCACCCUCACCCCCUCAUCUUCCUUGGGCAGUGACUCCCUGGCGGGUGAAGAUGGGGGGGAGGGCUUCCACAGCCUCCCUCGUGAGGACACCUUGUCCUCUGUGAGCAGCUGCCUUACCACCCCCUACAGGACACUCUGCGACACUGCACCCUGCUCUAAGGACCAUGUCUUCCAGAGCCAACCAGGGAAGGGUUGGAGCUGCAUAUCCCAGAGUCAGAGCACAUUGCUCGGGGAGGACUGGAGCUACGUGCCCCUGCUGACCUCCAGCCAUUCCUCCCCACUCCAUCCUCUCUCCUCCAUCUCUUCCCCCUCUCAGACCGACUGCAGCUCUAUCUGCUCCUGGGACGCAGACACCGCCGGACACUCCCCCUUGCAGUGGCUCAAGUCCCACAGCAACGGCUGCAUUUCUGCCGACUACGCCACCGGCAACAACCGCUGUCCCCACGGUAACCAAGACCACCACGGUCUCCAUAGCAACAGUUGUAACUUGUCACACAGUAUCUCGCUGAGGAAGUUCAAGAGGCCCCCCGUUCCCCCUACCCGUUCCACAUCGCUACGGCAUAAACCUGCUCGGGGUAAACCGCUGCGCUACAACUUCAACAACCCUAGCAAACCUGGAGAUAGAGAGGAUGUGGUGGUGACGGUACAGAGGAGUCUCCAGACCCCCAGUCCUGCUCCCGUUUCCCCUCUGGUCUCCCCUGUGGUGUUUGAGGUGUUCGAGGAUCCUUGGGUCCCCCGCUGUCGCAGCUUCAGCAGUCUGAGCAGGGGGGAAAGGGGAGCUGCUGAUAUAGCCAGCCAGAUCAACCAGGUCCCUCACUUCCACAGCUUCCACCAACAACACACUGCUGGUCAGGACCAGGACUACCCUCCCAGCUACCGCCUCAAGCAGCCUCACCACUCUGCGCCCCGCUCAGCCAGUACUGGAGGGCUGAGCCUGCCUAUGGGACCUAAAAUGACCGCUUCUUUUCCUAACAUGGCCACCUCUGCAGGGAGACUGCAGCGUCUGGCUUCCAACUCCAGUGGAUACUCCAGGCAGUGCAACAACCAAACCUCCUCCUCACCCCAAACCACCUCCUCACCCCUCACUUCCUCCUCCUCCCUGCCCCUCACCUCCUCGCUUCCCAGGACUUAUACCCCCCUCUCCCCCCUCUUCCGCUCCUCUCUGAGUCCAACACUCCUUCCUCUCUACCUCCACCCUACCCAUCCCUUCCGCAACAACAAUCACUCCCCUCUCCUCCUCCUCUCCCUCAACUGUGCAUCUCUCCCUUCUCUCCCCGCUCCUCCUCCUCUACCUCAGCCAUCCCUCCCCACUCCUCUAACUUCUCCCCCUUCCCUCCUGCCUCCCUCCUUUACCUGUGCAGUGCGACAGACUCAGCCCCACCCCUUUUAUACACCUGUUACACCUGCCAGUCAUGUGACAUCAUUGCCAGGAUUCCCUCCUCCUCCUUCCCCUGAGCUUUUAGAGGAUUUAGACCUCUCAAUCAACAGUCAUCCUCCUCCCCCUCCUCCCCCACCUCCGCCACCUCCUCCCCCUUACACCCACACCCCUACACCACCUUCCCCUCUCCAGAGCCCCUGCAGAGUGAGUCCAGGACGGCCCCCCCGCCCCCUGAUCACAACCCAAGCCCUGCAGAAAGUCACCCUGCGCUCUGUCAAGAGGCCACAAGAGCUAGCCCCACAGGAGCUAACUAGCAUUAUGCUAACAAACCCUACAUCAGCUAAUGUCGAACAGAGCCAAGAUAGCAAUGAUGCUACACUAACUAGCAUGAUGCUAACCAACGCAACCCCAGCUAAUGAUGGCCGGCAGAGCCCAGAGAUCACCGAUGCUAAGCUAACUAGCAUUACGCUAACCAACGCUAUGUCAACUAAUGAUGCCCAGCAGAGCCCAGAGAGCAUUGAUGCUAAGCUAAAUGGCAUUACACUAACCUGCGCCCAGGAGAGAGUGGAGGGCAUGGAUGCCACACUAACCAGCACUGUGUUAGAGAGUGUGGAGAGGAUCAGUGGUAUGCUUACUGAGGCUGAAGAGAGACAAACCACUGGCGUUCAGAAAAUGGCUGCCAAUUCAACUGGCACUAUGCUAGCAUAUUUCCAAAAGAGACUUGAAACCAAUGAUGCUAUGCUAAAGGCGGCCACAAAGACACCGUCAGAGUCUGUCCCUCCCUGCUCCACACCGACCACUACUCAGCACACUGACAGAACCAGAGAGUCUGUCCCUCCCUGCUCCACACCGACCACUACUCAGCACACUGACAGAACCAGAGAGUCUGUCCCUCCCUGCUCCACACCGACCACUACUCAGCACACUGACAGAACCAGAGAGUCUGUCCCUCCCUGCUCCACACCGACCACUACUCAGCACACUGAGAGAACCAGAGAGUCUGUCCCUCCCUGCUCCACACCGACCACUACUCAGCACACUGAGAGAACCAGAGAGUCUGUCCCUCCCUGCUCCACACCGACCACUACUCAGCACACUGACAGAACCAGAGAAUCUGUCCCUCCCUGCUCCACACCGACCACUACUCAGCACACUGAGAGAACCAGAGAGUCUGUCCCUCUCUGCUCCCCACCGACCACUACUCAGCACACUGACAGAACCAGAGAGUCUGUCCCUCCCUGCUCCACACCGACCACUACUCAGCACACUGACAGAACCAGAGAGUCUGUCCCUCCCUGCUCCACACCGACCACUACUCAGCACACUGAGAGAACCAGAGAGUCUGUCCCUCCCUGCUCCACACCGACCACUACUCAGCACACUGACAGAACCAGAGAGUCUGUCCCUCCCUGCUCCACACCGACCACUACUCAGCACACUGACAGAACCAGAGAGUCUGUCCCUCCCUGCUCCACACCGACCACUACUCAGCACACUGACAGAACCAGAGAGUCUGUCCCUCCCUGCUCCACACCGACCACUACUCAGCACACUGACAGAACCAGAGAGUCUGUCCCUCCCUGCUCCACACCGACCACUACUCAGCACACUGACAGAACCAGAGAGUCUAUCCCUCCCUGCUCCACACCGACCACUACUCAGCACACUGACAGAACCAGAGAGUCUAUCCCUCCCUGCUCCACACUGACCACUACUCAGCAGACUGAUAGAACCAGAGAGGCUGUUGGAACAGAAGAAGCCCUCAGUCCCUCAACAACCCCACAGACGCCUAGAACCCCUCAGAAGCCUAGAAUCCCAGAGAACCCUAGAACUCCAGAGGCUAUAAUGCUUGAGAAGCCUAGAACACUGGAGAAGCCUAGAACACUGGAGAAGCCGAGAAUCCCAGACAACCCUAGAACUCCAGAGGCUAUAAUGAUAGAGAAGCCUAGAACACUGGAGAAGCCUAGAACACUGGAGAAUCCCAGAACACUGGAGAAGCCCAGAACACUGGAGAAGCCCAGAACACUGGAGCAGCCCAGAACACUGGAGAAGCCUAGAACACUGGAGAAGCCCAGAACACUGGAGAGGCCUAGAACCCCAGAAAAGCCUAAAGUGGUUGUUCUCUCUAGGCCACUGAGAGCAGUGGUUUUAAGUUCUAGCUCUCCUGCUGAGAACAGAGAACCAGCGUUACAGAACGGAGAACACACGCCUCGACAGGAGACCACACCCUGCCUCACCAACGGCCAACUAGAGCACUCAGCGUGUGCAAACACACUCACACACUCCCCUGCUACCCCCUCCUCCACCCCCCGCAAAGAGAAGCCUCCCAUUGCCCUAAAAAACCCUAAACUAUCCCUACUGAGGACACACCAGACAGACACACCAACCCCACCACCCGUACUCACAGGUACACCUCCACAGCCCUUUGUCCCAGAGACACCACCCUUUCUGGGGAUAAAAUUGGCACAGACAGAGUCCCAGACAGAGACCCAGCCAAAGCCAAAGCCUGAAUUCCCCUUCCUGAAACGCCACCAGUCAGAAUACUAUGUAGCGGAGUUACCACCAAGGCCCUCUCCUCCAGCACCCUGUGUACCAGAGUUACCACCAAGGCCCUCUCCUCCAGCACCCUGUGUACCAGAGUUACCACCAAGGCCCUCUCCUCCAGCACCCUGUGUACCAGAGUUACCACCAAGGCCCUCUCCUCCAGCACCCUGUGUACAAAAGUUACCACCAAGGCCUUGUCCUCCAGCAUCCCGUGUAACAGAGUUACCACCAAGGCCCUCUCCUCCAGCAUCCUGUGUACCAGAGCCACAGCAGGAGUCCUGUCCACUGGAGAUGAAGACAUACACAGAGACAGAAGCAGAGACAAAGGUAGAAUGUGGCUCUGUGCCAAUCACAGAGCUGGGGAGAUCAGAACCUGAACCAGAUGAGAUAUGGGUGAUGCAGGAGGAAGAAGAGAAGGAAGAGAAAGAAGAGAGAGAGAAUGCGCACAUCACACUGAUGCUGGGGAGGAGAGAGGAGGAGGACAGACAGAGGGGAGCCAUUGAGGAGGACAGCAGAGAUUCUGGAAGUUUCUCUCUGGAAGAGAACAGAGACGCCCUUAGCAGUGCACUGUCAAUUGAAGAGGGGGAACUGGAGGAGGAGAGGAUGGAAUGGGAGAAGAGGGAACAGAGGCGCAGCCUGGAGACAGACAGGGCCAGCAGCUCCACAGGAUCCCUGAGCUCCAGAGAGGACAACGGUGAGGUGUUUGACAUUUCUUCAGCGGAGGAGAUGGUGACACCAGCACGACCGCAGACUACUGAGGACCUGUUCGCUGCCAUACACAGCAGUGCAGUCUGGGAAGGCACACACGUUUGACAACCCAGGUGUGUGGGCGUGGCGUUGACAGCAGGACAGAGGCUCCCGUCUGCGGCCAAGGGACUUUAUAUGUAUCCUGCACAUGGGGGAAACUGAUUGGAAGUCAAGUCAACUGAAACAUUCUGGUCUCCAGACUGGCUGUUGUUAUAGGAUGGUUGUCUCUGUUAAUAGAUUACAGGACUGUGUACAUGUUGUUUUUUGAUGUGUUGCUUCAGUCCUCUGUCUAAUUUUAGUAUGUAGCGGUAUACAGUUUGAGAUUAAUGUUAAACUGUAUAUUAAAAAUGUAUUCUGAAGUUUCAGUUACCAAAGACAACAUGUCACUCCCAGUGAAUCGGCAGCAGGGGGACAUGUCUGAGAAUGUUUCCUUGAUCGUGAUUGGCCUAUUGUUAUCAUGAUUGUGAUUGGCCUAUUGUUAUCAUGAUUGUGAUUGGCCUAUUGUUAUCAUGAUUGUGAUUGGCCUAUUGUUAUCAUGAUUGUGAUUGGCCUAUUGUUAUCAUGAUUGUGAUUGGCCUAUUGUUAUCAUGAUUGUGAUUGGCCUAUUGUUAUCAUGAUUGUGAAUGGUCCAGAAAUUGGAGGAAUGGAAUUUGCUGAAGUGAUUUAUAUUUAUAUUAUUUUAUACUUAAACCUCUUUAAAUCCUCUAUUCAUUUUUUAUUUGACUUUAAAAUAUAUAUAGAAUGUAGUAAGUACAUGCUUAACAUUGCAGAGUUCUCCUCUCAUUAUAAAGUAACUUCUGUCUCCUUUAUAUUACUGCACCUUAAUACCUGGACUUUGUACAUUUUCUGACACUUGAUUUCGGUAGAGGGCUUGUUUGUGUUUUUCUAGUCUAUUUAUUUGAAAACUGUGAAUAAAAUUGGGCCCACUGUUUAUCAGAGUUAUCACUGGUGCUAGAUAUGGGGUUUAGGGUUUAGAAGAUAGAGGUUAGAGGUUAGAGGUUAGAGGUGGAAUGUUGAGAGACUGAGUUUCUAUGGAAUAUAUGACAUAUCUAGAGUGAUGAAGUGAGGUGGAUGAGAGAGAGAGAGAGAGA